AUGCCUAAAAUAAAACAAUCUGAAAGGUUUUUAUCAUUAAAUAAGCCAAUUUUGGCAUCCAAAACUUCAAUUUCCCAAUCCCCAAUUCUUCAUAAUUAUUCUUUUUUAAUUAAUUUAAUAUUUUUAUUUAAAUUUAUUUUCUUUAUUAUUACUUUCCUUUUUUUAUUUCCCUCCUCUUCUUUGGCCCAAACAAAUGACCAACUUCGGCAAAAAUGUUUAACCCCUGAAGCUAACCAAAAUUGUGGUAAUUGUAUUGCUUCGAGUCCAGAAUGUGCUUGGUGUGCUGAUACGCGGUUAAAUAGUAGUAGCCAGCGUUGUGAUGUUAAAUGGGUAUUUGCUUCAGAAAAAGAUAAAUGUCCAAAUCGACAACUUUUCUCUCCAACAACAGAAAUUAAAGUAGCACCUCCCCAUAAUUUACCCUUGGGUGGGAGAAGAUCAGAUGGUGUUACUAUUAUUCAAUUAGAACCCCAACAAGUUGAAAUUAGAAUGAAACCAGGCAGAAAUUUAAAAAAUAUUUUUCCAGGCGAUCAAAUAGAAGUCCCAUUUCGUUAUUUGCAUAAAUUACCAUUAAGUGGUUAUGAAGUUCGUGAUUUUACUAUACAAACAUCAGAAUUUCGUUCACUUGGUAUAGAUAUAGAAUUUACAAUUGAAUGUAAUGGAGAAAAAAUAAUUGGAAGAGUUUGCCCAGGAAUUAAACCCGACCAAAAAAUUUCUUUUAAUGCAACAGUUUCUCUAAAAGAUUGCUCUAAACCAAAUUUAGCAGCCGUUUCUGUCGGUAUUUAUGGAUAUAAUACAGUCUCUGCUAUUUUUAUUACCCCAAUUUGUGGGUGUGAAUGUGAACAUUCAAGACAACAAGAAAGACGUUCCCCUCGUUGUAGUUAUUCAGGGAAUUUAGUUUGUGGAGUUUGUCAAUGUGAUCAUGGAAAAGGAGGGGAAAGGUGUGAAUGUGAUUUGGAUAAAUAUGGAGUAAGUAAAGCUGAGGAGUUAACAGGAUUGUGUAGAGAACAUAAACAAGCACAAAUAUGUUCUAAUAAAGGUCAAUGUAAAUGUGGCCAAUGUCAAUGUGAAGCUGAUUAUAUUAGUGGUCGUUAUUGUGAAUGUGACAGUUCUAGUUGUCCAUUAAGUGUUUCUGGGCAAAUAUGUUCUGGUAGAGGAACAUGCCAAUGCGGAAAAUAUUGUAAUUGUGAUGAUGAUCCAGAACCUUGUACCGAGAAUGGAGUAACUUGUUUCAAUAAUGGUUAUUGUGAAUGUGGGAAAUGUUCUUGUAACGUUGGAUGGACGGGGAAUAGAUGUAAUAUUCCCGAAUCUUUACCUGAAGAAUCUUCAACAUCCAAUUUCCAAUCUACAACAAGUGCAGAAUUUAAUAGUGCAGAAAAUGCAGAAGUACAUGGAGAGGUUUUGACGGAAGAUGAUUUGGAUUAUAAAACAUCUUCACAAAAUGGAGAUUUCCUUCCAACACCAAAAAGUACAAUUGAAAGUAUUCAAGAAGCACAACAAUCUGGUGGACAAGUUUCUUCAACCAAAAGUCUUUCUAUUUUAAUUUUAUAUUCUUCAGUUAUUGGAAUAUUAAUGAAGGUUUUAAGUAAUAGAUGUUUUAUGUUUUUUAUUUUAUUAUAA